AGUGCAGAAGUUGUGGAACAACUAAACGAGAUAGGUCACCUAAGAGAGCUUCUGCGACCAUAUAAAAGACAAUCAGUUGGAGGAGUGUGCCAACAGUGUGGUGGAUAUCGAUAUCUAUUGUGCCCCGUAUGUGGUGGCAGCAAGAAAUCAGUGACCCAUAGACACCAUUUUUCAGAAGAUCUUGUUGCUCUUCGUUGCGUGACGUGCGAUGAAAGUGGCCUUAUCCGUUGCCCUCAGUGCAUCAAUGGCGAAGGUUGACUUUAACUUUUUCUUCACUCAGUAGCUCAAACUGCAAUGAUGAAAGACCAUAGAGCUACAUAUGUUUUUCCUCGAAUCGACAUACUAGUUACAGCUGACCAUUCAGCUGAGCCAAAGUAUUGAGACUAACAGGGCUUCAAUUUACCACGCUGUGCAAGUGUGAGACAUAAUAUGUAGAUAGAAAGUGCCUUAUAUAAUUUCCCUAUGCUCAACGACUUGAAUACUUUGUAUGAAAAGUCUUACUAACAAACUUGACAGCUUCUGGUAUCUGGCCGGCAUUUUACAUGCCGAUAUUGUGUAGAUUAUGUUUUCACACUUUAAAAGAGUUUUACGUGGGUUACGUGGUUAGAGAACCACUGGUGGGUUCAAAGCUUGUCAAUGCGUCAGCUGACCCUCCAAUGGCGAACACACACAUACACAAACACGUAUAUGAUUUUAAUCUAAAGAACUGGAUUCGUAAAAACGCUAGGAUACAUGUAUAGUGAAUUUUCGAACGAUUUUCUAUUUUCAGUUCUUUUCAGGAAAAUUCGAAAUUCUUUUUUUUUUUUUUUUUUUUUGUUUUUGUUUACAAUUAAUCCUUUGAUGACGUUAAACCUUCGCGAACUUUUGAAUGUUCAGUAUUUAUCCAAUUGCGGGCAUUAACUUUCAUGCAGCUUAUAGUCUAGUGGGUUGAUGUCUAAUAAUUACGACCUCGUGUAGUAAAAGUACUGGAUAGAUUUCUAAGAAAAUAAUCUUAAUAUUUAUAGUUUUAAAACGACAAUAGCAAAUGCGUUAAAUCAAUGCUACACUUCAGGUUGCCAUGAGCAUCUCCAUAAAAUUUACACGUCACACUUCAAGUACCUCUUUAUACUUAUUCACGUAUACACGGCUUUCCGAUCUUCACGAUAGCUACUGAAAGUUUUAGCUUUCUUGCCAGAACUGUAAAUGAGCCGUUAAAUAAAAUUAUUGACAAGUUAAGACUUUAUUAGUUUAAGCAGUUGACAAUCAGACCCAAGUACAAGUAUUUAAGAGCAGUUUGCAAUGGUUAUUGCAAUUUUGUGCUUUUUGGUAUAAUAUUCUGAACGUCAAAACCUGCAUUAACUUAGUCAGCAUAACUGUUCAAUACUCAAGUCAGGCCCCCAACUUGGAGAAAAGAGUGAUAGAUCAUUAUUUCUUUCAUCCUCAGCUAAGCAGGAAUGCGGAAAAGCCAGUUUCGCAAAUGGUCCUCCUUAUUGUUUAUAUUAUCUGUAUGGAGUAAGUAAAAAAAAAAAAAAAAAAAAAAAAAAAAAAAAAAAGCGGUUUGUAUAGCUAUUUCAAGUUCAAAAUGCAUUAUUUUCGAAUAAUGUAUUUAAUUUUCUUUCUGGGUGAUUGUUUGCAAUGGCAUAAGAGUGGUUUACCUCAUUUAGUUAAAUUUUCGUGACUGUAUCUGUUCUUAAUCCUUUUAGUCACAAAAUUGUAAUGUUUUAAAAAAAAUUAAAAGAAAUAAGUAAAAAAGAAGAAAUAAAAGAAAAUUAAAAAAUGUGCAUGAAAGUAAAUGCUAUCAUGAAUAAUAUAUAUAUUAAGAAAUUUUUAUUAUUGAGUCUGUGAUUGUUCCUUAAAUUGUUGCUUUUACUGAUGAGCUUUCUUCCACAUAUUAAUAUCUAAGAGCUUGGAAGUAAUUAAUAAACUUCUUUUAUUAUGAGAGUAAUGCUUAAAGCCAAUUUUUAAACAUAUUUUUAAUUUUUCAAUGCACAGAAAUAUAAAAUCGUAUUGUAUAUUUAAAUUUUUUAUAAAGUUUUAAUUUAUUUUAGGUCUAUAUGACUGGAAAAAUACUGGAGGACACAAUUAUGUAAAAUAAACUUGCAUUUUCUUCUUUAUUUAACUGAUGUUAAAUUUUUAUUUUUAAAUGAUUAUUUAAAUUAAAUUUCAGAUGUGCAAUGAUAUUAAAUUAUUGCUUUAUUAUAUAGUUUUCAAAUGCUUAUAUAUUGCACUUCUAAUUUUAUUUAUAUCAUUUUGAAUUAUGCGAGUGUGCAUAUAUUACUGAUUUGCUUUUGAUUAAUGUUAUUUAAUAUUUAAAUAUAUGUUAAUAGCUGCAAGUAAUCGAAAAAUUAUGCAUUAUAUAUAUGUACCCAUACUUUUAAAAUGGUAAUGAAUAAUUAAGCACUUAAAAUAAGCGAAGUUGGAGCGAAUUCAUCACCCCACCGGCUGCUUUUCUGUAAUUGUACUUACCGCCAUAUUUGUUGUGUUAAUAAAAAAAUUAUUUAAAC